AUGGUGGUGCAUCUGUUGUGGAUUAUCAAUCAGUCCGGUCAGCUCAUCACCAAGACGGCCUUCACGAGCCCUGAAAACAUUGGCGAACUUGGGGCUAACCCGGAUAUGCAGUUGACCCUGUCCAGCGUUCUCUUCUCUACCUGUGGCAUGUCGCAGCAACUGACGCCGAACGCCGACCCACUCGACAGCGCCUGCAUGACCCUGGUCGAGUGCGAGGAGCACAACAUCCACGUCUACGAGACCCCGACCUCGGUGAAGUUUGUGCUCUUCUCCGACAACCGCACGAUGGAGUGCACGAAUUUGUUUAAGGAGCUCCACGCCUUGUACGCGGAGUUCGCGACCAAGAACCCUUUUCAUACCGUGGACGAUGCCGGCAUUGGCCAGCCCAUUCGCAUCCCUGCGUUCACCGAAGCCAUUAGGACAACGGUGGCCAAGUAUCAGCGCAUGUGA